ACACCAGGCCAGCAGGCAUUCAAACGAAGCAUAGACGACAUUUUCGGACAUGGACAGCAAGAAGAAGGGCGCUCCUCCUGCGCUCCUGGUUCUCAUGGCCUUAUGGGCUCUGUUCGCCGGCCAUUGCUCGGCCCGGAGCAUGACUGACUUUACCAGUAGUCUCGCCCGAGGAGGUCUGCUGGCCACAGGCGGAGCACUAAUGAGUUCAAGUAACGCGUGCGACGGCUGCGAGCCCUGCAUCUGCGUCCCGCAAACACACUCGUGCAUUUGCACGGAUGACACGGGCAUUUACCCUAUGGCUCAUGGGAACGAGCCAGGUCCCGCACCUCCGAUUCCUCAAGCCGACGGGGUGCUGGAGAUGCCGACCAGCGACGACGGCCACUACUGAGUGCCCUUUCAUGGCCGUGUCGACUUGUGCUACCGAUCAGAGUGUAUUCAUGUGCACACAUACACAUGGAUGCUUUAAUUUGGUCGUAAUAAUUAAAUAAACAGCAAACACGAGUCCGUUCUAGUUUGGGACUUAUUUUUAGUUCCUAGAGAAUCAAACAAACAGGACUUUAGUUUAUACUAGUCGUCUGUUCUUCGUAGGCAAAGCAUGGAUAGGCCUACUGGCCUAGCUAGGUACCUACUCCUUGCGUGUAUCGGCUUUUUCCCCCUUCCAUUUUCUUUUCCUGCGUGUAUUGUACGAAAUAUAAUAAACAUUAUAAAUAAAGCUUGCUUUAUCUA